AUGGUUGGUUCAUCAAUCAAGAGAAAGUACUAUUCUUAUAACUAUGAUGACGAUGACGAUGAUAAUGAUGAUGAUGUAGAGGAGGAUGAUAAUGAUGUUGAGGAAUAUAGUACAUCAAUAAAUGGAAGAAGAAGAACUAGUAUUAGUAGUAGAUUGAAGAAGAGACAAACAACAACAACAACAACAACAAACAAUGGUAGUCAAUCAUCAUCAUCAUCAACGUCAUACAUUCCAAAGGUCAAGAAAGAGAUAUUGAUUGAUCUUUCAGGUUUGGAUGAUAAUGAAGACAAUGAUAAUAUACCAAACCUGAUUGAACAACAACUAGCUGGUAGUUCAAUAUCAAAUGUUAUCGAUGUUGAUGCUGAUGAUGAUGAUGGCGAUGGAGAUGACAUGAUAAUAGAUAUGACUCAACCAAGUAGUGAUGUAGAUGAUCAAGAUGAUUAUGUUGUUGAUGAGCCCAAGUAUCGACGUCAACGUCAGCCACAGCGACAGCCGCAACGUCUAACGAACCGUCAACGUCAACUUCAAGAGAAAAGAGCACGAGCACGAUCACCCUCACCUGACUAUCAAUCAUCACAAGAUUCAGAGGUUGAGUUGUUGGAAUCGAACUUGAUCGAUAACAUUGUCAUCGUUGUGGACGUCCCAGCCGAGCGAGAUUAUGCAGGUGGAGCAGAACAGCCAGACCCAUCUCCAGACUACAUGAUGUUCAGUGAACCAAAGGAUGAGGAUGAGGAUGUCAAUGUGAAUGUGGUCGAUGAUGAUGAGAUCGUGUCCAGCAUUCCCAAUCCCAUUCCCAAACCCAAGACAACAUCAAUACCAGCAUCAACAACGACAACGACAACGACAACAACGACAACAGCAACUAGGACACCGAGGAAACCGAAGACACCGAUAAUAACAAGGACGCCAAGGACGAGGAAGAGCACAGUUCCAACUCAAUCACAAUCAAUCCCACCUUCACUGUCGACCCCUUCACACUCAUACGACAUCGACAACGACAACGACAACGACAAUGACAAUGACAAUAUCAACGACAAUGACAAUGAUAACGACAUCAGCUCAAACAUGGAAAUGGACGACACAUCAUCAAUGGUUCCUCACGAGUAUGGAAUCAUUGAAGCGAUCACUUUGGAGAACUUCAUGACACAUCAUCACUAUGAGAUCAAGCUCUGUCCCAAUGUGAACUUUAUCACCGGUCAGAACGGCAGUGGCAAGAGUGCAUUGUUGGUGGCCCUGACCGUAUGUCUAGGUGUCAAUGCAUCCUACACCAACAGAGGCGCAAAGCUAUCCGAUCUGAUCAAGCAUGGUCACAACAGUGCACGCAUCACUGUCAAGCUGAGGAACAGGGGGCCCGAUGCCUACAUGCCCGAUGAGUACGGCCCAUCAAUCAUUGUACAGAGGAUAAUCAAUCGCAAUGGAACAACACAAUACAAGCUAAAGGAUCACACCAAUCGAAAGACCAUCUCAACAUCCCACCGUGACCUCCAAGUAAUCCUUGAGGAGUUCAACAUCCAGAUCACCAACCCAAUGAUGAUCCUCAUGCAAGACACCAGUCGUGAGUUCCUGAACGAGUCAUCACCCAGCAACAAGUACAAGUUGUUCUUGGACGCCACCCAGCUGGCACAGACAAAGAAUGAUUAUGACUUUGUGUUUGAUCAACGCAAGGCUAUCCUGAUGAAGCUGGACAAGGCAAAGACUAUGAUCGAGUGCAUGGAGCAGACUGUAAAGGGUUAUUUGGAGGAGUUUGAACAGUUGGAAGAGGUGGAGGUGAUGGAGAAGAAGGUCCAGGACCUCAAGAACAAGUUUGCAUGGGCAACAGUGGUGGAGAUAGAGAAUAGAAUAGCAGAGCGUACUGCUGCAUUGGAGGAUCUACGCAAUACAGUCGCUCAGCACGUGGCCAACGCUGAGGCCUAUAGGUACAAGGCCGAUCAGAGUCAUAGCAAUAUACAGAAGGUGCGCGCACAGGCCACCGCCAAGGAGUUAUCGAUCAAGGACAUCGAGGCCAAGAAGGAAGUGUUCCGUCAGCCUCUGGCCGAGGUCAACAAGAGGAUGGCCACGGUCGAGCCCAAUCUGCAAGACCUGCGGACGCGCAUCAAAAACAUUCAAGGUCGCAAGGAGAAGAACCUCUUGGCAAUCAAGGACAUCAAGGCCAAGAGUAGCAAGUCGGGCGAGGCCCAAGCAUUGCUCAGAUCACUGGAGGACAAGCAGGCAAAGAUCAAAGAGUUGGAGAACCAGGCCAAUCAGAUGACCCUGGAGAUUGAGAGCAUGAGGAAGGAGCUGGAGACGUUGUCCGCGCAGCAUGCUGAGUUGGCGGGCCAGACCAAGAAUGCCCAGUACGAGGUGUCAAGGAUCGACAAGCAGCUACAAGCGGCCAAGACAACUGCCAAAGAGGGCAACGCCCUAGGUGUCUAUGGCUUCAAGUACAUCAAACUACUGGAGAUGAUACAGAGGAAAAAACAACAAUUCCAGGGCUCUCUACCGAUUGGUCCAAUCGGUACCCUUAUCAAGGUUAAGGACGAGAAGUGGUCACUGGCCAUUGAGGCAUGCAUCUCCAGAGGUGCACUCAAGGCCUUCCUAGUAGAGACCCACUUCGAUGCUGAGCUCCUCUCCCAGAUGGCCGAUGAACUCGGUAUUCCUGCAUUCUCAUGUACUAAUGUAGGUCGCUUCACAACAGCCAUCUAUCCAGAGGUAUUACCAAGCAUCAACGCCAAUGCCACCAAUCCAAGACAUCCAACUAUACUAGAGUCAUUGGACUUUCAAUCAGCACCAGUCAUCAAUCAUCUGAUUGAUUCCAGAGGUAUAAAUAAUAUUUAUUUGAUCCAGAAGCGAGUGGAAGCGGAGGAGGUGAUAUACAAUCAGCCAGAAGGACGACAUAGCAGUGCAUUCACAAUUGAGGGUCAUCGUAUAUUCCUCUCUGGUUCAGGAACAAGAGGAUUCACAUCGACCAGUAUCAACCAGUCAACAUUCCUUCAGGCUAAUGUCGAAGCAUUGAUUCAAUCACUGCAAGCGCAAGUCAACGGAUUGACUCCUCAUCUGGUCGAGUGCAAGCAGAAGGAGUCACAGGCGACGACGUCCGUGCGUCAACUCAACACCACCCUGACGGCCAAGAACAAGGCACUGGUCACGCUGAACAAGGCACUCUGGCAACAGCAGACUGAGGCCAAGCAGCUAGAGGAAUCAAUACAACCAGAGCAGACAGACUACACGAUCGAGGAGCUGGAGAAUGGAGUGAAGGAGAUCGACCAGGACAUUGCCAAGCUCCGCGAGCAGAUCAAGGAGUAUGAGGGAGGUGAGAUGGUAGAUAUCCAGGCGAGGAAAGCAGAGAUACAAGAACAGAUUGAUGUCAUUGACAGUGAGAAGCAGACGGUCGUGGACGAGGUGGCCGCGAUGGACAUUCAGAUGAAGCAGUACCUGAACGAGGAGAAGGAUUAUCGCCAGAAGCAAUCGAAGCAACAGGCGGAUGCACAGAGGAUCCAGCGAGACAAGGUUGAGCCUGGUGAGAAGGAGCUGCAGGAAGACAACACGAGCUUGGGUGUCGAGACGACCAAGGCACUGGAGUACUGCCCGAGGGUGUCCGUCGAGGAGGACGAGACGCCGGCUGUUCUGGAGAAGGCUAUCAGCUUGACCGUGAGACGGCUGUCGGACUUGAGCAAGGGCAAGCGUGUUCGCGCAGACGUGCACAGGCAGUAUAGCGCCGCCAAGAAGAGUCUGGCCGAGACCAAGAAGAAGUACAGCAUGAUAUCAAACUUUUGCGACACUCUCAAGAUCAAGCUGGACGCUCGAUUCCAGAAGUGGCAGAGAAUCAGGAACAUCACCUCACUACGCACGUCUAUCUACUUCAACACAUUGCUCACCAAUAAGAACUACACUGGAUCGAUAAACAUUGAUCACGAUCAGAAGACGCUGGAUGUCAAGGUGAUGCUCAACAAUACGGCACCGUCCAGCGGGCCUGGCAGCGCACAUGUACAGAGCAACACCAAGCAACUGUCGGGUGGCGAGCGAUCAUUCACCACUGUAUCCCUACUACUAGCACUGUGGGCCAACAUGGAAUGUCCAUUCCGUGCAAUGGAUGAGUUUGAUGUCUUCAUGGAUGAAGUGAAUCGCAAGAUCAGUACCAAACUCCUAUUAGAGCGUGCCAAAGAAGAUGACAAGAGACAAUAUAUAUUUGUCUCUCCACUUAACAUUAAUUUCCAACAAGGUCCCAAGUUAAUGAUCUUUGAAGUCAAGGCUCCGAUUAGAGGUCAAACAACAAUCCCAUUGACUACAGAUAAUCAACAAGAUUGA